AUGGUCUCUCUAAGGCCAUUCUUUCUUUUUCUUCUCACCUGCUUUCAAAUUCAUCAAGCAUUUUCCAAUGAUCGCAAGACUUACAUUGUCUACAUGGGUGAUCAUCCCAAGGGAAUUGAUCCAGCCACUUUACCUUCUCUUCAUUCUACAAUGGCACAAAAUGUCCUUGGCAGUGACUUUGAACCAGGAGCUGUACUUCACAGCUACAAGAAGAGCUUUAAUGGAUUCGUCGUAAAAUUGACAGAAGAUGAAGCAGAAACAUUGGCAGAAAUGGACAAUGUGGUGUCAGUUUUUCCAAACAGAAAGCAUUAUCCUAGCACAACAAAAUCGUGGGACUUCAUAGGCUUCCCACAAAAUAGCAAAAGACUGAGUUUGGAGAGUGACAUAAUUGUUGGAGUAAUAGACUCUGGAAUUUGGCCGAAGUCAAAGAGCUUUAGUGAUGAAGGAUUUGGUCCACCACCAAAAAAAUGGAAGGGAUCAUGCCACAACUUCACUUGCAACAAUAAAAUAAUUGGUGCACAAUACUUUAAUAUCAAAGGUUCCUAUGGCAAAAAAGACAUCAAAGAUCCAACAGAUGUAAAUGGUCAUGGGACACAUUGUGCAUCCACGGUUGCUGGAAACGUGGUUAAUCCUGUGAGCCUACAAGGCUAUGCGUCAGGAACCGCGCGCGGAGGAGUUCCCUCAGCACGCAUUGCUGUGUACAAAGUAUGUUGGGAAACAGGUUGUGAUGACGCUGCUAUCUUGGCAGCAUUUGAUGAGGCAAUCGCGGAUGGAGUUGAUGUUAUAUCUGUUUCUCUUGGAUCAAAUCAAGUUGUAGUAGUUCCAUAUUUUCAAAAUUCAAUCGACAUUGGAAGUUUCCAUGCAAUGAAAAGAGGCAUAUUUACGUCGAAUGCUGCUAAUAAUCUUGGCCCAAAUCUUUUCACCAUGACAAAUUUUGCACCUUGGUUACUUUCUGUUGCUGCUAGCACUUUUGGUAGAAAGUUUGUUACAAAGGUGCAAUUGGGAAAUGGUGCCAUUUAUGAGGGAGCCACAAUUAACACAUUUGAUCUCAAAAGAAAAAUGUAUCCAAUUGUUUUCGCAAGAGACAUACCAAAUACUGCUGGCGGAUUCAACAGUUCUGCAUCCAGGUUAUGCUCCAAAGACUCCGUAGACAAACAAGCUGUAAAGGGAAAGAUAGUCUUAUGCGAGGGCCUUGUGUCUGCUACAGUUAUAGGGUUUUUCUCAGGAGCAGUUGGUGUAAUAUUCGGAGGUACUUCUGCACAAGAUGCACCAUUUAUAUUUGCAUUGCCUACAACAUUGCUGAGUCUGUGGAAUUUUCGAGAAAUACAAUACUACAUGAAAUCAACAAGAAAUCCAACUGCCACAAUAUUUAAGAGUGAAGAAGUUGAAGAUUCGUUGUCCCCUUUUAUAGCUUCGUUUUCAUCAAGAGGUCCAAAUCCACUUACACUGAAUACUCUCAAGCCUGAUAUUGCCGCACCCGGGGUUAGCGUUUUAGCUGCAUGGACUCCACUCGACCCAAUUUCAGAAUUUGAAAACGACAAUAGAAUAUUGCCAUAUCAAAUUCUCUCUGGAACUUCAAUGGCAUGCCCUCAUGCAGCUGGAGCAGCUGCAUACGUUAAAUCAUUUCAUCCCAAAUGGUCUCCUGCCAUGAUCAAGUCCGCCUUGAUGACCACUGCUACUCCAAUGAACUCUGAUAUAAGUACUGAAGCUGAAUUGGCAUAUGGCGCGGGGCUUAUUAAUCCUGUUAAGGCAACAAAUCCAGGGCUAGUAUAUGAUAUUAGCGAAGCAGAUUAUGCCGAGUUUUUGUGUGGAGAAGGAUAUACAUCAAAAGAACUACGAAUUCUUACUCAAGAUAAGAGUAAUUGCAAGGGAAAAGAUAAUGAGAAAGCUGUAUACAGCUUGAAUCUGCCAUCAUUUGCACUUUACGUAAACGGAACAUUUUUCGGAUAUGUUUACCAUAGAACCGUUACAAAUGUGGGAUCAGCAAAAUCUAGUUAUAAAGCAAGAGUAAUAUCUUCACCUUUGUUGGAAAUUCAAGUGAAACCUGAUGUUCUAUCUUUCACAUCAAUAGGGCAGAAAAAAUCGUUCUCGCUCACAAUUGAAGGGAGAACCAAUGUGGAAUUAAUGUCUUCUACUUUGAUUUGGGAUGACGGCAAUCACCAAGUUAGAAGUCCAGUUGUAGUAUUUGGGGAAGGAAGCGAAGCGUGA